AUGUCUCUCUGCGACGACACACUCCUUUGUAACUUCCCAAAGUGUCGGACCAAGCUGGGCGGCUUCGCCUGGGUCACAGCUUGCUCACAUGUUUUCUGUGAUCAGCACGGGUCCGGUGAGUUCAGCCGCUCUCCUAGCAUCUGCCCGGCCUGCUCCUCUGCGCUGUCUGGGAAGCUGGACAUUGUGAGGACGGAGCUGUCGCCCUCUGAGGAGUACAAAGCCAUGGUGCUGGCAGGUCUGCGACCAGACGUGAUUCUGGACAUCAGUGGCCGUGCUCUGGCUUUCUGGAGCUAUCAGGUCACUCAGGAGCGCAUGUAUCAAGAGUACAGCCUGUCUCGGGCCGAGUCCCAGCUGAAACAGUUGGAGAAGGUAUUGACCCAGCAGAACCAGAGCAGAGAGGUGGAGCUCACCGGCAUGAGGGGGGAAAUCGCUUCCUUGAAGAAAGUGAUGGAGGAGUAUAAAAGGAAGUACAGCGAGGUGUCCGAAAGGUUGAUGGAGAGAAACAGGCAGUACCAGAAACUACAGGGACUGUACGACUCUCUGAGGCUGCGCAACAUGGUGGUGGGUGUGGGGGAGAGAGACAUGGCGCCACAACUGGGACAUCACGACUUCAACACUGGGGGGGCUCGGCAGGCAACUCCCCAGAGAAGCCCUCAGUUCCUCCCCGUGGCCCAAGAUGGGGACAGCAGAUUCUUCUCCUGCCUGGAGGCUGACGGAGCCAAGACCUUCUUCCAGUAUAGCUCCCCUACCAGGGAGAGAGGCCGGCUCUUCAUGAAGAAGCAUUGAGACGGCAACAGGUUUCAGAACGGUUGCACAUUA